UUGAAGAAAGAGCUAAGAGCUAGCAAGGAAGCUCAACUGUUUAAUGUUAUACACGAAGUUAAAAGGCGGAGAUGUCGUUGCGGUCUAACUGUCAGACCGCUCAGCCUAACAGCCACAGUUGCUGCUGAAGUAGAUAUUUUGUAGAAAUACCGGUUCUUAUAAAGGAAUGAGCGACACUUAUCAAGGAAGUCGGGCGAAAAAGUAGCUAGCUCGGCUGCUAGCUGUCGUUAGCAAGGGAGUUCUUUGUUUUGUUUUUCCCGUGUAAACAUGAAGAGAAACUAGUUUGGACGUGUGCGUUAACAUUUAACGUUUAUGUAGGAUUUUUAUAACCAUGCACAGGGUAUCUUUCGUAGCAGGUAGCUGAGUGUAAAUUCGUGGUUUCUGGGUAGUAUAAAGACAAAACUAACAUUAGCCACCGAGAGCAACUUUAGCAACAACAAGAUCAGAUUGGGGUUUUUUUUGUUUUGAUUUCAAACGUCGGCCAGGAGGACAGGAGCGGGGACACGAAGACAUGGGCAACUGUCUCAAGUCUCCGACAUCAGACGACAUCUCUCUGCUUCAUGAAUCCCAGUCAGACAGGGCGAGUUUCGGCGACGGGACGGAUCCGGAUCUGGAGCCUCCUCCUCCGUACCAGGAGCAGGCUCACAUGCCCAUGUACCAUCCCACACCUAGUCAGGCCCGUCUGGCCACCCAGCUGACAGAGGAGGAGCAGAUCCGUAUAGCACAGCGCAUCGGUCUCAUCCAGCACCUUCCUAAAGGCGUUUAUGAUGGAGGGCAAGACGGCUCUGAGAAAAAGAUUAGAGAGUGCGUGAUCUGUAUGCUGGACUUUGUAUACGGGGAUCCCAUCCGGUUCCUGCCAUGUAUGCACAUCUACCACAUGGACUGUAUAGAUGACUGGCUGAUGAGAUCCUUCACCUGUCCCUCCUGCAUGGAGCCUGUGGAUGCUGCCCUGCUCUCCACCUAUGAGACCAACUGAUUUUCACCCCUCCUCCUCCACGCUUAUCUCAACCAUGUCCCCUCCAGCCCCAAACCCACACGCAAACCCUACAACUGCCCCCUUAUAGAGUGUGAGGAGCUGAAAAAUAGGUUGGCUGUUGUCUUGCACUUUGAAAAUUUCAGAAAUUACUCACCCAAUGUUGGCCUUCCAUGCCCCCAAGUCUAAAUAAGCUGGUCUUAAACAUCAGUUACACAAGUCAGUGAGAAACUGUUUCCAGUCGACCCUGCAUGAUUGUGUUUGUGUGUGUCUGUCAUGCUGAAGCAGCGUCCAGUGUUGACAGUGAGCAUGUGGAAUUAUAUUUGUGUGUGUGUGUGUUUGUGUAUGAGCUGUUUGGGCUGUUUGAUGACUGUGCGUUUCCACUUGAGCUGGCCUCAGUGGUGUUUCUCCCCAACUGACCCCAGUUCACCUUCAUUCCCAAUUAGUCAUGAUUUAAAUGGACAAGUAGAUUAACAAAUUAUUGACCAAAAUGCUAAGAGGUGUUGUUCGAAAAUCUGUUGGAUUAAAUUUGAGGUGGCAACAGUGAGCAAAGACUUCCUCAACAUAUUGAUCUCACGUUAAAAUGGGCCUACACUUUAGAGUUGUGGGAACAUACACCUGAGGAAGAAAUUGCUCUCCUGUUAGUUGGAAUCACAAAAAAAAUAAUGCACACACUUUACGGAAAUCACCCAAAGUUUAUAAGUAAUACACAGUAAUACAUAAUGGACACCAAGACUACAGGAUAUUUGUCUUUGGCUUCUCCAAAUAGCCAGACUUUAAAAAUGCUUUGAGUUGAAGGGAAAAAUGAUGAUGUGUAAUGUGAAUGUUUCACCAGACGGUGUGUAAAGUAGCUGGCAGCCAAUGUAAAGGGCUCAUUUGUGCAUGGGCAGGUGGAUCAGUCAGUCAAAAAUUAGAAAUGCUUGCACACACUUUUCAUCUGAUCCAGAGAUUUGCACUUUACUUAUAGGACAGUAUCUAAAACAAUAUAUUAAUAUAUGUACCUUAUAACCUUGCACUAUCAAUACUUCAUUCCUUUAUUUCCUGAGAUGCAAACGUCAUAUAGCCGAUAAAGCCGAUAUUUUCAGAGCUGUCAGUAGUCACUUACCAUGUUGAAGUAAGCCUGAAGAUGUAUUUCAUGAAAUCUGUGAUUCAGUAGUGUGAGCCUCCGCUUUGUUCCGCUGCAUUUUUUUUGUCUGUGUUGUGUGUGUUAGUGAAGGGACAGAGGCUUGCUCAAAGUUAAGGGAAAAAUUCGACAUUUUGGAAAAUCUGCUCGUUCUUGUUCUUGCUGAGAGUUGGAUGAGAAUAUCAAUGCCACUCACGUGUCUGUGUGGUAUAUAUGGAGGGUCAGUUAGCUUAGUUUAGCGUAAAGACUGCGAUCAGAAGGAAACUGGAGCUGGUCUGGUUCUGUUUGAAGUCAAAAAAUAUGCCUACCAACAUUAAUCUGUACAAAGACAUUAGAUGCUCUUCAAUAAUGAAUUGUUACAGCAUGUCACUCCUUGUAGAGCGACAAAGCGGCACAUUUCGUUUCAUUUACAGAUAAACAUAAGGAAUAGCAUGUUAUUUAGUGAACUUCAGGGGUUCUGUUAGGCCAUUUUUAAAAACCUUUGGACGGAGCUAGGUUAGCUUCAAGUUGUCAUGCAGAGCUAAGUCCUUCACCUUCUUGCUGUGGCUCUGUAUUUUCUUUAUGAGACAAGCGAGCGAGCAUGCAUGUUUCCAAAAUGUCAAAUUAUUCCUUUAAGAAAUAAACACAACAAAUUUUGGGGUGAAUCGUUUUGAAUCCACAUUAAUACAGUGUCACUUUUUUGUGUUAUAUGUCACAUCUUUUGUUACACUAUAGUAAAUGUUUUUUGUUGUUUUAUUUCCAUUCACCGUAGCAGUAGUUACUAAAAACAAAACUUUUUUUUGGUAUUUGUGGAAUUGUUUGGUGGUCAUGUGGCUGUCUUUUCCUCUGUUACUUGUUUCAUCUUUUACUGUCACAUUUUUUCUUUUUGUUAAAUUUGUGUAAAAUCCACUGUCUAUUUAGGGCAGGGAGUAUAUAAAUGUUACACUGGUUGAAGUCUGGCUGUGCAAACCUCUGUCCCAGCUAAAUUUCAGAGUAUGAGAGACUUCUCUUAUGGUGUGAUAGUUAAAACUGAGAUAUUAAGUUUUUCAUUGAGCUUUUCCUUCGCUGUGUUUUUCAACCUAAGUUUAUUCUGAAAAUUAAUAUUUCCUGUAAUCUUGUUUCGUUUCUUUCUUUUUGGAAGGCUGAACAGCCCUCGUGUAAAAAAAAAUAAUAAACUGAAAAAACAACA